AUGGAUCUAUUUAUUCUGGACUUUCAACCAUUCCGCAUUGUAGAAGACAGGGGUUUUAGAAAACUGAUUCAGUCUGCAUUUCCAUUUUAUAUAAUUCCCACACGCAAGUACUUUGCAAACAACUUACUACCGAGCCGUUAUGAAAGUUUGCGGGAAAUAAAAAUGGUCGAACUUCGAAAUGUUGAGUCAAUAUGCAUCACAGCUGAUAUUUGGACUUCAAGUACCAAUGAUUCAUUUUUAGGUGUUACUGGCCAUUAUAUUGACAAAGAUGAGUAUGUGCUUAAGUCCAUAUUACUUGAAUGCGUGCUUCUGGAUGGUUCCCACACAAGUAUUAAUUUAGCAACGGAGCUGUUGCGAGUAGCAGAGGAGUGGCAAGUGGCGAACAAAAUUCUGCUGGCAGUUUCGGAUAAUGGAUCCAAUAUUAAAAAAGCCAUAGAAAAGGAUUUAGGCUGGAAGCAUUUUGGCUGUUACGCCCAUUCUCUCAAUCUGGCCGUACAAGAAGCGAUGUCGAAGUCAGAGGAAGUGACUGCAUUGGAGGGCAAAAUAAAAACGAUUGUCAGUUAUUUCAAAAGAUCCGCCAAAGCGUGGGAAAAAUUGAAGAAGUAUCAGGAGCAGGCCGGAAAGACUGUUAAAAGACCACUGCAGAGUGUGAGUACAAGGUGGAACUCCAUCUUUUACAUGAUGCAAAGGAUUCUCGAAAUCAAAGAAGAGAUUAAUAGUUCUUUAUGUAAUUUAAAUGCCAGUGCUAUGUCACUAUCCCAAUUUGAUUGGGAGCUUUGUGAAAAUGUGACCAAAAUUUUAAAACCUUUUGAAGAAGUGACCAAAGAAGUGAGCGCCCAAAAAUAUGUUUCGGGAAGUAUUGUUAUACCUAUCACAACGGGACUUAUAGCCUCUUUGGAAAAUAUGGAUACAAGUUCCUAUCUUGAAACUGCCCAAAUGUUUAAACAAGACUUAUUAGGCGCUAUAAAAACUAGGUUUGCUAACUUGGACAGAAGCCGCACUUUCACAGUUUGCAUGUUCCUGGAUCCUAGAUUCAAGUUGUACUUCGAUGAUCCAAGUGUAGCGGAAAAUACGAAACAAAAUGUUAUACAGCUCGUGACUGCUCAAAUUCACAAAGAAGACCGCGUUUCACAGUCAUCCCAAAACGAAAAUGGUUUAAUGGAGCUUCAGGAGUCCACUUCAACACAACCAAGUACCUCUACUUCAGGGGAGGUGCAGAUCUCUUCAGUAUGGCAACAUUACACACAGAGAAUGAAAAAUAUCCAACCGAAAGGAACUGCGUCAUCGAGGGCAAUCAUAGAGGUGCAAAGAUAUUUAGAAGACAAAGUUGUGUUGCCUACUGAAAAAAUCUCACCAUUACAGUGGUGGAAACAAAGGAAAGAUGUGUAUCCGCAUUUACACGCUCUGGCUAUUACAAAACUAAAUGCAAUGGCUACGAGUGUUCCAUGCGAAAGAUUAUUUUCAGCUUGCGGCCUGCUCCUAAAUGACAGACGAACUAGACUAGGCACUCGAAAAGUGCAACAGCUGAUGUUUCUUCAUCAAAAUACAUAG